AUGUCCAUCGGACUGGCUGGCCUGGCGCAGGCACAAUGUCCCUUUGCCAGUAUGGGUAGCCUGAAUGAUGGCUCCAUCAGGGACCACCUCGCUCAGUUCGAGGUCGACGACUCAGAAGGCUUCAUGACCUCUGACGUUGGUGGGCCGAUUGAGGAGCAGGAGCUGCUCGUUGCUGGUGACCGUGGCCCUACCCUUCUGGAGGACUUCAUUUUCCGCCAGAAGAUGCAGCACUUUGACCAUGAGAGGGUCCCCGAGAGGGUCGUCCACGCUCGUGGUGCUGGCGCUCACGGCACCUUUACCAGCUACGGCGACUUCAGCAACAUCACCGGUGCUAGCUUCCUGUCCAAGAAGGGAAAAAAGACUCCCGCCUUUCUUCGCUUCUCUACUGUCGCCGGUUCCAGAGGCAGCGCUGAUACCGCUCGUGAUGUUCACGGCUUCGCCAUACGACUCUACACGGACGAGGGAAACUUUGACAUUGUCGGCAACAACAUCCCCGUCUUCUUCAUCCAGACUGCCGCCCAGUUCCCGGACCUGAUCCAUUCCGUGAAGCCCGAGCCCGACCGCGAGAUUCCCCAGGCCGCGACCGCCCACGACACUGCCUGGGACUACUUCAGCCAGCAGACUACGACGCUCCACACCCUUUUUUGGGCCAUGGCUGGCUACGGAAUCCCCCGAAGCUUCCGUCACAUGGAUGGCUUUGGCGUGCACGCGUACCGAUUCGUGACAGACGAGGGAGUCUCCAGAUUUGUCAAGUUCCACUGGAAGACCCAGCAAGGCAGGGCCAGUCUCGUCUGGGAUGAGGCGCAGAACACUGCUGGAAAGAAUGCCGAUUUCCACCGCCAGGACCUGUGGGAUGCCAUUGAGUCUGGGAACUACCCCGAGUGGGAGCUCAACGUCCAGAUCAUUGACGAGGACAAGGCUCUUGCCUAUGGCUUCGACAUCCUGGACCCCACCAAGAUUGUCCCCGAAGAGUAUGCGCCUCUGCAACCCCUCGGCAUGCUCAGGUUGGACACGAACCCGACCAACUACUUUGCCGAGACUGAGCAGAUCAUGUUCCAACCCGGACACAUUGUGCGCGGCGUUGACUUCACCGAGGACCCUCUGUUGCAGGGUCGUCUCUUCUCGUACCUCGACACGCAGCUGAGCCGCAACGGUGGCCCCAACUUUGAGCAGCUCCCCAUCAACCGGCCUGUCGUUCCAAUCCACAACAACAACCGCGACGGCAUGGGCCAGACCAUCAUCCACAAGAACACAGCUGCUUACUCUCCCAACACUGUCAACAAGGGCUACCCCAAGCAGGCUGACCAGAAGAAUGGCCGCGGCUUCUUCACCGCGCCCACUCGCAAGGCUUCGGGCUCGCUCGUGCGCGAGCGCCCUUCGACCUUUGCCGACCACUGGUCGCAGCCACGGCUGUUCUACAACUCCCUCAGCAAGAUUGAGCAGCAGUUCCUCAUCGACGCCAUCCGCUUCGAGACCAGCCAGGUCAGCCCGGGCAUCCAGGAGAACGUGAUCAAGCAGCUCAACAAGGUCAGCCACGACAUUGCCGUACGCGUCGCCUCAGCUCUCGGCCAGGAGGCUCCCGAGGCCGACCCGACCUACUACCACGACAACACGACGGUGGGCAUCAGCAUCUUUGGGCACAAGCUCCCGAGCAUCGCCACGCUCAAGGUCGGCAUCCUGGCCUCGAAUAGCGGCAGCUGCAACUUGUCCCAGGCCACGGAUCUGAAGAAGGCAUUUGCCGCGGAGAACGUCACGGCCACCAUCGUCGCCGAGACACUGGGAGACGGCGUCGACCUGACGUACUCGGCCGCCUCGGCUGUCGCCUUUGACGGCACCAUCGUCGUUGACUGCGUCGACAAGCUGUUUGACGUAUCGGCCAAGCCCUCCCUCUUCCCCCCCCGUCGCCCCACCCAGCUCGUGACCGACAGCUACAACUGGGGCAAGCCCAUCGGAUUCCUUGGCGACGGCGACGUCGCCAUGAAGGCUGCCGAUGUGCCUGCCGGACCUGGUGUGUACGUGUCCAGGAAGACGGCUGACAUUGUCAACGACUUCAAGGAUGGACUUGCCACGUUCAAGUUUACCAACCGCUUUGCUACGGAUGGCGACGAAUGA